AUGAUUCGAGCAGAUCCGCUUCACUUUAUUUGUCUUAUCCUAGUCAGUUCUCUUGGCCUUCAACAACAAGUUGCAAGCAAGACAGCGCUUCAAUCUGAUCGAGCGAUCGAGGAAUCGUUCACCUGUGAAUGGCAAACCAAAACUUUAACCUGCCCCGAUGGACAAGGCAUUGUAAUUGAUUUUGCCAACUACGGCCGUACAACCCACCCAGUUUGCGUGAUGGACCCGGUGCGUGACGCACCCAAUACUUGUAGCACCUCGUCUCACACCAACUUUGUCGCGACAUUCUGCAAUGGCCGGUCGAAUUGCGUCAUCCCCGCUGUUAAUUUAUUUUUUGGUGACCCAUGUCCUAACGUCUUCAAGUAUUUGCAAAUCAAAUACCACUGCGCUUGCCCAUCUGAAGUCGUCGAGUCAUUCACUUGCGAGUGGGAUUCCAGGACGUUAUCUUGUCCGAGUGGGAAAAGUAUCGUCAUUGAUUUCGCUAAUUACGGUCGCACUACUCACCCAGUUUGCGUGUUGGACCCGGUGCGUGAUGCCGUCAAUACCUGUUCAACUGCAGCGCACACGGGUAUCAUUGGCCAACGCUGUAACGGGAAAUCUAGUUGCGUCGUGCCGGCUACCAACGACUUUUUUGGCGACCCCUGCCCCAAUGUUUUCAAGUAUUUACAAAUCAAAUCUCAUUGUGCUUAA